AUGGAAAGAACUGUACAAGCCUAUGAGGGGAUGUUUGAGGAAGAGAAGGAGACACUGUUAAACGUUAUACAAUCCACCACAAGAGAAACGGAGGCAAUCAGGAUAGGAAAUUUACCAGCGAAGGGCAUCAAGUCUUGCAGAAAGAGAAUACAGAAUGAAUCGGCUGCGAUGAUCGAGACGAUUGACGGAUAUCUUGGACGCAAUCCACCAGAAGACCCAAACGCCAUAGAACACCCUGCAGAGGAAUGGAAGCUGGCAAAGAAAAUCUUAGAACUUCUCGAACUUCCCGAAGCCCAACAGCAGUCCAGAGAUUUCAAAUCAAAAUUGACACAUUUAAUGCAAAAAUUGAUCGACAUUCUACCUGCUACACCGGAGAUCGAUCGCGAUGGGGGGAUGUGGUCAUGCGGUGAAAGUGUCACUGACGAUCCAUAUACUGACGAAGUUCUGGUGAACGAGCAUGUGCCAUCACAAGCAGAAGCUACGCUGAUAGAAAGAUCAGCACUGGCAUCGCAGAAAUGCACAUACACAAUUUCAGAAGACACCUACACGGAACUCGACUGGAGCGGAAAACCAUCAUUCUCUGACCGCUAUCCGCGAACUGAUGAGGAGAAACUACGCAAAAUGACUCAAGAAAUGCUGAGGCUGAUUCAUGGUACUGGUGGUGAGAGCGACGAUGGAGACGUGUAUAAGGAGGCGGUCGAUGGCUCGCAUAGACAGACAUGUAUAAAUAGAAGAGGGCUGUGUGACGGAAAGCGCAACAUGGAUAUGGACUCAACAUAUCGCAAACUUGCUGAGAACGAGGGGCUCGAUGGGGUCAAAUUGCAAACUGAAUUUCAACAGGAUGGAUCAUCCUCUUCCGUCAGGGAUAAUGAUCGAGAUAUCGAGGACUUCAUUGAUAAGACUCACAGUGAAAAUUCAAGCAAGGAGGCCGGGUUUGGAAAGAAUUCUACGCUUGGGCAUAGCAGACGAACCGAAUUCCAAAAUCACAUUAAAGAAAGACGCAUCGGGGGAAGAGCUUCGGAAAAUCAAGCUGAUUGGGAUGACGCUUUGAUGGGAGAGGAGUAGGUGAAGGGUAUCUGAGGAUGCCUU